ACUCAGAUCAUGAGACUGCUGAUUACACAUCCAGGCCUAUAAAGUCAAAGAACAAACCAAAAUCCUUGACCAGUGUUUCAUUAGACAUGAGUUCCUUUUGUCCCGAGACCCUGUUGCUCUUAAAUCUGAUCAGCCUUGUUUCAGGGCUGCAGGUGGAAACAUCAUCUUUCUCCCAGGUGCCUUUCCUCACUGUGUGGAAUGCCCCCACUGCCAGCUGCCUCUCUCAGUAUGGUGUGGACCUCAACUUGGGGACCUUCAACAUCAUCCAGAACCAAGACCAAACCUUCAUGGGGGAAAACAUAACCAUCUUUUAUGAUAACAAGCUCGGUUUGUAUCCCAGAUACUCCAGCCAACGAGUGGCUGUUAAUGGUGGAGUCCCGCAGAACGCCAGUCUUGAUGAGCACCUCAGAGUAGCCUCUGAAGAUAUCCGCAACUAUAUCCCUGACAGGGAUUUCCAGGGCCUUGCUGUGGUAGACUGGGAGAGCUGGAGACCUGUAUGGGAGAGAAACUGGGAUAGUAAGGAGAUUUACUGGGAGGCAUCAAGAGCACUAGUGAGGUCCAGGCAUCCGGACUGGAGCCCUGCACAGAUAAACGCUGAAGCCAGGGUGAAGUUUGAGGAAGCAGGGAGGAACUUCAUGGAGGAAACACUGAAACUGGGACAGAAGAAAAGACCCAAUGGGUUGUGGGGUUACUAUGGUUUUCCCAGCUGCUACAACUAUUAUGACAAAAGCACACACUACACAGGGGAGUGUCCACCUGUGGAGAUAAAGAGGAACAACGAGCUGUUCUGGAUGUGGAACAGCUCCUCUGCUCUGUAUCCUGACAUCUACCUCAGCCUCGAGCAGCGAGGUCUCGGCAGAGAAGUGCUCCUCUAUGCUCACUACCGCAUCUUGGAGGCCAUGAGAGUGGGAGCUCAGGUGACUCCAUCAACACCACCUGUGUUCCCCUACGCUCGCAUCGUCUACACCUACACAUUAGAUUUCCUCUCUCAGGAGCACUUGGUCUACACCAUCGGGGAAAGUGCUGCUUUAGGAUCUGCUGGGGUGGUUCUCUGGGGCAACCACGCAUUCGCCGAAUCUCAGGCAACAUGCAACGCUGUCAAAUCCUACAUCGAUGACGUCCUGGGUCCUUACCUGGUGAAUGUAACAUCAGCGGCCACUAUGUGCAGCCAGACUAUGUGUUCCUCUCAGGGAAGAUGUCAGAGGAGGGACUCAAACUCAACGGCCUACCUCCAUCUCGACCCUGCUGUGUGGAAGGUGGUGUCUCCAGAUGGGGGGAAGAACUUCAGAGUUGUGAGACAGAUGAGGGGACACGAGACAACAUUCAUGAAGACUGAGUUUCAGUGCAAAUGUUUCCCAGGGUGGGGUGGUGAGAACUGCUCCAAGCCAGUUCGGGGAUAAUAGACUUUCUUUUAAGGAGGUGAUCCAGUAACAGUUUUGGUUGAAUAAAUGGUAGGAAAGUCUGUAAAAAAUAAAAGUCCAAAAAUGAACCACAACAAUGAUAGACUGAGGGUUGUUUGGACCAGAGGUACAGCUCUGCAUGAGUGCAUGUGGUUUCCUGUGAAUAUGAAUUUCCCAAUCUAUGACUAAUGUGUUUUCUUAAUUAAUUGCUUUUGUAAUUUUCCUGUUUAUAUAGGAGAUAUAAUUUUCCAGGUUUUAAAAAUAAAUCCCAAAUUUCUAAUGUAUGCAGAAUGAUUUUUAUGUAGAAGUGAACAUGUCUCAUAAUAAACUUAA